UCCCAUUUGAAGAUCUGAGAUCCUUCACUAUCUCAACGCAUUUACAUCGGAAUAAUUUCAACCGUGCGGAAAAUACAUAUUACGUAUUCUCUGACGCGUAGAUACGGAGAUUGCUUGCUUUAUUUUGGUAUUGCGAUAUUGUUUGGUACAUUGAAAUUUUGACACCGCGAUAAAUUCUGCUGGCUUCGUCACAACUACUGUCGUAAAAUCGAUAUCUGUAAAAAAAAUGUCAAGCAAAGUACGAGGAAGUAACCUCAAGUGGGAAAAUUCAUCGGAGGAAAACGAUGUGUACGAGUCGAAGUGCAAAAUGAAAUUGCGAGAAUCAUUAAGGAACAGCCACCAGCCUGCUGAUACAGAGAACGAAAUGGGAACACGGAAACAAGGUCGGAGUCCCUCAAAGAGGCCUUGUCUCAACAGGAAUGCUUUGAUGGCUCGAGAGAAUCGGCUUAGAAAAAAGGCAUAUUUAGAAAAAAUAGAAAACAAACUGUCGUUCUAUCAACAGGAGAACAAAAAAUUGAUAAACAUUAUGAAAAAGCAGACUAUAGAUAUCAAACGAUUAAGUGGCGAAGUUGCGUAUUUAAAGAGCGUACUAAACAACAGCACAAGCAUUACCACAUUGUUGAAAACUAUCAACAAUGGUCUUCAAAAGAUUGCCACGCAGAAAAGGAAUUUGUCUUAUAUGAAUCGCGACUCCGAACAUACGAAUGCAUCGGAUGCUCAACGCAAAUGCACGUGUUAUACAAAUGUGAAGGAGAAUGUAUUGAAUUCACAAAACACCAAUAUAUUCAUUACAAACGUCAAUAAUGAUUUGUUGACAGGACAUAGCACAACCAAGGAUCUAAACAAUGAAUCUUACAUCAACCCUCAGAGGCAAUUUGCCUGCAAGAAUUCACUAGGCAUUGGUGAAGUCUCUUCGUCGUUUUUAGAUUCAGAUCAUACUUAUACAGUUUCCAAAAGUCCAGUAAUCGUUGUUAAGAACAAUUCUCAGAGUAAAGAAGCUUUACCUACCAGUUUAAUAUCUGAAGACAACUACAUGGAUAAUACAGAGGAAUUGGACAAAUUAUUACCAAUUGACCAAGCAGAUUUGCCCAAUGCUGAGAAAAAAGAUGCUGACGCCGUUGGUAUUGAUUUUGAUCAGUUGUCUUCUUUCAAUAUGGAUAUAUUUGAAGAUCUUCCAAAAUGUGACUACAUGAUGAAUACAGUUGAUAGUUUAUAUGACAUGUCCAACCCUUUUACGGCAGAGGAAAUAUCUCAAACUUUAGAUAACGCCGGAAUCUGUCUUCAUGUUAAUUCAGAUAAAGUAUCUUUAGAAUUUUGUUCUAUUUGUCAUUUAAAUAGUAAGAACUCGGGAUCAAACUGAAGGGGGAAUUGAUCGUAACUAUUGUAAGUCUCCUUAGUAAUGUUUUUAAAGACUUAACUAAAAAAUUUAAAAAUAUUUUUCGAUUAGUGGAUUAUAGCAAACUGAUAAAAAUAAUGUACUAUUGUAGUUUGUUUCUAUGAUUAUCCAGUUUAAUGUAAGAAAUUGUUAUAUAUACAGUAGUGGAUAUAUCAAUAUUUCCAGGUGCAUCGAGGAGUAUGCCUUUAUCUAUUGCUGAAGCGAUGGAACAAAAGUUGCGUUAUUAGUAUUUGUAAUAUAUAUAUAUACAUAUAUACAUACGAAUAUACCCAUAUGUGUAUACAAACGCAAUAUGUAUACAUAUAUAUACAUAUUUCCUUUCCUUUUUCUCUCCUUUUUGUAUAUUACAUUUUCAUACGCAUUUGUGCAUAUAAUGACAAGUAUAUGCAUAUAUACUGAUAUUUUGAUCUGGUGUUUUAAAUUAUAAUCAGUAUAUCAGGGUAUAAAAAUUUGUCACAGGCUUCGUUAUUGCUUUUUCAAUAAUGGUAUUUAGCAACAUAAAAUUGCUUUUUCAAUAAUGAUAUUUAGCAACAUGUUUCUGUAAGAAAUUUAUGUUUGACUCUAAUAGUUAGAAUGCCAAGAAGCUUUUGUUUGUUACAUUUAAUGUUAAAUUGUAACACUUCUAUUCCUCUAUAAUUGUUUGCUUUUUACAGGAUAAUACUCCGUUGGCAUUGAAGUUUGCCAGCGACAAUCAUAUGAAAAAUUGAAGUUUGGCAUGUCUGAAACAUUCUAUUUAACGGUAUAACUUAGUAUUUUGGAACAAUUACAAUUGCUUGUUGGGAAACUUGUAUGGAAUUACGAUCGCCCCCCUUCUUUUGUAUAGAGUAAAUAACUUUAUAAUGAACAGCUGUAUCCCGAGGAUUUUCAACCAAUAUCAACAUUCCAUCCACUGAUCGAGCUAUAUGGUAACUAAGUUGAAAUUAAAGAAUUAAAUAAUAAAUUAAAUAUUUCCUUCAUAAA